AAUAUAUCUUUGAAUAUAGUUUUGUAUCUCUUCAAUCAAACAAUUUAUACAAGCCAUUCCUUUAACUUCGAAAGCCUGCCGCAAAUUGCACGAUACGUACCGCACUCGUAACGCAGCGAAGGUCUGGUAUGGAUUGCGUUUGUAGUCGAAGCUUGUUUGGUGUAUCAACGAAUGUUUUUUUUUUAAGACAGAAAUCCUCCGUUUUUGACUCUCGAUAAUACUAACACCGAAGUUGAUUGGAAUAGCCAACGGGAAGCAUCGAGCAAAACCAGUGUAUCGCGGCGUUGGAGACUGACACGCAAGCUAACGGACGAACAAACAUACUAAACUUCAACAAAUUAUGUCCGUGAAACAGAAAGCACAGCCACAAAGAGUGACACUAUUAACGGGGAGUGGACACAGGGUUGACGCGGAUCCGCAAGAACAAAAUCAUGUUACAGCUGUUGCCAAGCAAAAGCAGCAGCAACAACAACCGCCGUCGAGGAAGAUUCGGCGUUUUGCUUCGUCUACAUCUACGUCGUCACUGGUUCGGGUUGUGUUCUUUGUAGUUUCUGUACUUAUGCCAAUGGUGUACGUAAAAUACCACUCCGAGUUGCUUCCAACGUUUGCAGUUAUGAUCGUGGAACCCAAACAGCAGCCCAACGUGUCGGUAUCUCCACUCCUCAACACUAGCACGAGGGUUUCCACCCCGGGUGCCUACGCUGCUGCUACAGGCUCACAGCAAAAGGUGAAUUGGUCCAUCGGAGUAGGAAAAAACGAUAGCCAAACAGAAAUCCAUUCGCAUACAACAACAACAGCAGAAUCGAUUGAAACUGUUUCCAAGGUUGCGUUGUUGCCCGACAACAGAGGAGGGAACGCGAAACGCAACAACAAGAACGAUGAUGGCAAGCAGAAACGAAAGAAGAGGAGGAGCACAAAUCUCUUCAAGCUAGAGUCCAAAAGUGUGAGCGAACUCUUAGAAAAUGACCAGGGGAGGGCCAUCGUGGUCUUGAGCAUGGGUAAAAACAAAACCCAUGAAGAAAUCGCAGGACAGCAACCGCAACCGCAACAAAAAGGACACCCUGCCAUAGGCAAUCAGACACAAUUAUCCCCCUUAGAGCGCUUCGUGUUCUCAGCCCGUAACAUUGCCAAGUUCCGUGGUUGGAUUGUUGUUGUAACAGACGCACCAUCCCUCGAUGAUCUAGAGGAAAGCAUCAACGCGGCUCUUGACGAAAACGAUGCCAAUACCCUCCUUGUACGGCCCCGCCCCGGAGACCUACUAGAAGACCGAUUCCACGACGAGCAGAUGGCGUAUUUCCGGCUGAAAACCUUUGCCUUGGACUACAUAGACAUGGAUCCACGGCUAGACGGCGUCCGGAUUGUUUAUUAUAUGGACGAGGCGGUGUUAUUCGGGAGCAUGAUCCAUGAAACGAUGCAGGAACUGGAGUUUAUGUACGGAAUCGGGAGACCUACAACAGAGGCGACGAAAUCCGACAAAACUAUUGGAACAGCCGCCCUUCAAAGCAGUGGGGAUGGGACCGAAGCUCUGGAAGAUGCGGUGACAAAAGUCCAAGCUUCUUCCGCCCGUGGUAAGAUGUGGAUGUUCCGAGCCAACCACAACUCAAGCGAUCACGACCAUGCGAUGGAGAGUGGUCACAUCGUUCUAGAUCGAAACAUUUCGAGACCCUGCCUCGAUCGGUGGAGACGAGAAUUCGACGAAAAGGCGGCUGGCGAAAGAAUAGUUAUGGACCAGCGCCUCUUGAGCUUUCUGUUGGAGGAAGAGGAAGAGUACAAAACCACCACGGUGCACAAAACGUCGAAACCACUGGAAUGCUCCAUCCAGCUCAUGGAACAGGCCCCGUAUGCGGAUUAUCCGUCGGUCGACUCGAUCCGCAACCAGACCUAUGCGCUCAUCGAGCACAAGAAAGUGAGGCAUCCCCCCAUGGUUCACACAGGCAAUGUCAUGAGGAUGGAAGCAAGAAGCCCGGAGUUCAUCCGGCCUUACCUACAGGACCUAUUGCGCCUGAGAGGGAACGAAAAGGAUGAAAAGGAUGAAGGGCUUAUUGGAACUGACACUUUUGCGAGGCCCGAUACGCAGGAAGGAAUAGAGGAAACGAUAUCCUCUCCUACCGCGCGAGUUGUGGCUUGGUUGCGAACAACGCAACAAAACACAUAAUACUAGCAGAGAUAACAGACCACGAAUUACCCGGGCUUUUAUUUAUGUUGGUAUGAAAAGUUGUAUUGGGUCGGGUUGAGCUGCAUUGGAGUUAGCAUUUCUAUCGAUUCAAUUUUUAACACCACUCUCUCGCCUCAAUAAAAAUGAAUACGUAGUUCAAACUUUCUGAGUUCCCUUCUGAAACCGAUAGAUACCGAAACACGGAGCCUGGCAGUUGAUACAAAUCGGUUUGAAUCGGAUCGAGUACUGCAGUAUGCUGGAUUAUUGUCUUCGACUAUCAAUUUCAACCAAAUGUACUCGGACGGUUUCUUUUAGAACUGCUCCUUGUUGUUCGCCACCCCAUUACAGGCGAAAUUAAUGCACUAUACCCCACAAAAGUUUUGUUCGUUCUGCACUAUGCUGGAUUCAAUUCUCCGGAUCUCCGUUCACAAAAACUUGGGCAAAAGUACUUUCCGUAGUGUCUUGUUUACUGCUGAGCCAGUGUGGAUCCUGAGACGUCCAGAGAUCAGUGCCUCGCACCGUAGCGUACAUCCCUAUGAGGAAGGCAGUGUAAGUCAAGAACGAAAACACGAGGCAACUUAUACGCAGUAGGAAAAUUCAUCGAAUAAACAAAAAGAGAAAGAUUUUUGUUGUAGUAAUACCAGUGAUUGAGAAGAGCAGCCAAAAAUAGCACCAAAGAACAAACCGAGAAGAAAGACCAAAUUCUAGCCCUUUUGUCAUCUUACCCAUAGUCGAAUUUUCGCAAGGAAAUGGAACGCAAACACCUGAGGUAUGAAUAAGGGCUACGCGAUCGAGGCUUCUUGGCUGUGGUGGUUUCUAAGAUUGAUGCAUCGAAUCGAACUGUUCGUUCGCUACUAUUGCCUACGCCUUCCUGUCCGGGUCCAUCUAGUGAUGCAAUCGCUUCCUUGCUAGAUAAAGCAUCAUCGUUCUGAAGCGUCAGCGGCAAGCAUUCAUCUGCCCCUUCCUUCUUGUUGCCGUCGACACAACCGUCCUCGCCAGCCAUCAUGGCCCUCCUAGCCGACAAAUUCAUCAUCGAAAUCCUCUUGUUCUCCUUCUUGGCAACCCUAUCUUCCCUGAUAUAGUAAAGAAAUCCAAUGACCGCGCUUUCUAUCAUCGUAAAGAGAACCCAAUAGAAGGACCACCCCACCAAUUUAUCGAGCCACAGUCGUUCGUUGGAAACGACUAUUAACUGGGCCGUGACGAUCUGCUGGGCGACAACAACAAGACACAGAGCCAUACCAAAGCCUAAGCGCUCGCUGGAGAAGGCCGUACACCCCAUUGGCCGUGGCAAAAUUGAAACGACAUCGCAUUAUCCGAGGGAUACAAAAAUUCAAGGGAUCCAGUGUGAGAUCGAUAGACUGUAGGGAACGGAAAACACACACCAAAGUAGUAUUGACCUUACCCGAUGCGCACGUCCAACAAGAAGGUGAAGAAGCUGAGGUACGUCAAAAUAAUUGUCGGAAUCUGCA